AUGUCCUCAUGGACUUUUAUCCUUAGGCUUCUCCUGAUUCCCAAUCUUGUAUGUGCCUAUAGCAGCUCUGAAUGCUAUUUCAAAAUCAAAGAAGAUUUUCACCAUGAAGGCGAUGUGAUGAUUGGUGUAUUUUUCCCUAUUCAUAUUGUCUACACAGUCAACAAAAUUCCACAUGAAUCUCUACCAAACUAUUUUAAAGACUUCUACCUACAGUAUAAUUUUAGGAACUACGAAUUUCUUCUGGCUCUAAAUUUUGCUGUUGAGGAGAUCAACAGGAACCCAUACCUUCUAUCAAACAUAUCCCUGGGGUUUGAUUUCUAUAAUCUGCAAUACAAUGAAAUCCAGAUUCUUAUGAAUGCUGCUACUUGGCUCACAGGAAUGAGUAACUUCUUCUGUAAUUACAACUGUCAAAAGGAGACCAAGGCAGCUGCUGUGAUCACAGGAACAUCAUGGAAAACAUCUGCCUACAUAGGGACACUCCUGCAACUCUACAAAUUCCCACAGCUUACUUUUGGGCCUUUUGAUACUGUCUUCAGUGACCAUGUUCAGUUUUCUUCUGUCUACCAGAUGGCCCCUAAGGACACAUUUCUGUCACUCGCCAUUGUCUCUUUGAUGCUUCAUUUCCACUGGACCUGGGUUGGUCUUCUACUCCCAGAUGACCACAGAGGGACACAGAUGCUAUCAGAUUUAAGUGAAAAAAUGGAAAGUAGUAGCAUAUGCAUAGCCUUUGUAGAAUUGAUUGCAGGCACCUGGACUUCAUUUUCUAACAAAUUUUGGAAAAAUCUGGGAAAGAUCCAGGCAUCACUAGCCAAUGUCAUCAUUAUUUAUGGUGACAUUGGUUCUCUACAAGGUUUAAUGCGAAAUCUAGGGCAACAGAUUCUGACACAGAAAGUCUGGGUUUCAAACUCUCAGUGGGAUGUUACCAACCAUGCUGAUUAUUUCAUGAUAGACUCUUUCCAUGGGAGUCUCAUUUUUGAGCAUCACCAUGAGGAAAUGGUUGAGUUUACCAAAUUUAUUAGAAGAGUUAAUCCAUAUAAAUACCCAGAAGACAAUUACCUUCCUAAAUUGUGGUUUUUGUUCUUCAAAUGCCAAUUUUCUGAGCUUGAUUGUCAACUUUUAGAGAACUGCCAACCCAACGCUUCAUUGGAAUUCUUGCCAAGGCACAUAUUUAACAUGGCCAUGAGUGAAGAGAGUUACAACAUAUACAAAGCUGUGCAUGCUGUGGCCCACAGUCUCCAUGAGAUAAGUCUUCAGCAAGUACAAUUACAGCCAAAUGAAAAUGGAAAGGCAAUUGAGUUUUUCCCCUGGCAGCUUCACCACUUCCUGAGGAAGAUUAAUGUGGAACACAACAUGGGUUUAGAUUGGAAACAGAAGUUAGGUGCUGAGUAUGACAUUCUCAACUUUUGGAAUUUUCCAAAGGGUCUUGGACUAAAGGUGAAAGUAGGAACCUUUUCCUCAAAUGCUAUCCAACAUCAACAGUUGUCUUUACAUGAGCAGAUGAUAAAAUGGCCAGAAACAUUUUCAGAGGUUCCUCAUUCUGAGUGUAGUGAGAGCUGUGGGCCUGGAUUCAGAAAAACUGCCCUGGAGGGCAAGGCUGUCUGUUGCUAUGAUUGCACUCCUUGUGCAGACAAUGAGAUUUCCAAUGAGACAGAUGUGGAUCAGUGUGUGAAGUGUCCAGAAGAUCAUUUUGCCAACAAGGAGAAGAACCAAUGUCUCCAGAAAGUUGUCAGUUUUCUAGCUCAUGGAGACCCCUUGGGGAUGAUUUUCACCAGCAUAGCCCUGUGCUUCUCUGCACUCACAACUGUGGUUCUCGGAGUCUUUGUAAAGCACAAAGACACUCCCAUUGUGAAGGCAAAUAACCGGUCCCUCAGUUACACCUUGCUCAUCACACUCACUAUCUGUUUCCUCUGUCCGUUGCUCUUCAUUGGUCAUCCCAACACUAUCACAUGUAUCCUGCAGCAGACCAUAUUUGGAGGUUCAUUCACUGUGGCUCUUGCCACUGUCUUGGCCAAAGCUAUUACUGUGAUUAUUGCCUUCAGGGUCACUUUUCCAGGGAGAAUGAUGAGGUGGUUAAUAGUAUCAAGAGCCCCAAACUUCAUCAUUCCCAUCUGUUCUCUCAUCCAAAUUGUUGUCUAUGGGAUCUGGCUAGGAACCUCUGCACCCUUCCUUGACCAAGAUGCUCAUGCAGAAUAUGGACACAUCAUCAUUGUAUGCAACAAGGGCUCAGCUAUUGCUUUCCAUUGUGUCCUGGGAUAUCUCUGCUUCUUGGCACUUGGGAGUUACAUCAUGGCCUUCUUGUCCAGAAAUCUGCCUGACACUUUCAAUGAGGCAAAAUUUCUGUCCUUCAGCAUGCUGGUGUUCUUCUGUGUUUGGGUCACCUUCCUCCCUGUCUACCACAGCACCAAGGGAAAUGUCAUUGUGGUUAUGGAAGUCUUCUCUAUCUUGGCUUCUAGUGCAGCACUUCUUGGCUUCAUCUUUGCCCCAAAGUGCUAUAUUAUCUUGUUACGACCAGAUAAAAACUCACUUCAUUAUAUGAGGGAAACAAACCAUUCCAGAAGAAGUAAUACUCUCAAAACCUAG